AUAAUGAUCCAUUCUGGGUUAUACGUUAUGGUGUGGUCUACAAUCUUGUUAUCCUGCGUAGUGAACUCUCUGGAGAUGUGAAUCAAGAAGGAUUAAGAAAUGCUGUAUGGAGAUCUUUACAAAAACAAAAGGGUGCUGAAAAGAAUAGUCGAGUCCUGGAUGCAGCCAAAGUAGCAGAGGUUGAAGCCAAAGGUCAAAUAAAUACUUCCCUUGCAUCAAAAGAUCCAUCAAAUUCUAUCUAUCUCCUUUCAUCCCAAUACAUUGGCUGGAGAGUCACUACUGCCAUGUGCCAGCACUUCCUGCCACCCAUUGGUCCUGACAUCCCUUUGCGACACCUGCCUGAACGGAAACCAGUAUCAAUGCCACAUCAAGGAUCAGAGCCGGUGGCUACAGAGAAGAAAACCAAACGCUUGUCUUUAAGGGAAGAACUUUUGCAAGCUGGGGUACCAAAAUAUCCAUAUCCAGAUUACUUUACACGUACAGAUAUGGAACUAAGGAGAAUCAUUGAUGCUCAGUGGGAAAAGGAAUUGCAAAUCAGGCUUAAGCUAGAAGAAAAACUCCAGGAACUAGAGCUUCAAGAAAAGCGAGGAUUGGAAGAGGAGCACUUCAGGCAAAUAAUGAUAUGGCGCUUAGAAAAGCUGCACAAGACAACCAAACCAUAUGAACUUCCCUUUAAGCAUGGAGACAAAGAAGUAACAGAAGCAAGCAGCAGCACUCAGCUAUCAAAUCUACAACUGUCAGAAACAUGGAAACCAGCUGUCUAA